AUGCGGGGUACUGGGGGUACCGGGAAGUACCGGGGGUACCGGGAUGUGCGGAGUACUGGGGGUACCGGGAAGUACCGGGAGUACCGGGAUAUGCGGGGUACUGGGGGUACCGGGAAGUACCGGGGGUACCGGGAUAUGCGGGGCACCGGUGCGGUUUUUUUGUCCUCAGUGGAGCAGGACAGGGACCUUUUGUCCCCCAAGCCCUACUGGAAGGAGUUCAGGUUCGACCUGACCCAGGUGCCGGCGGGAGAGGCCGUGACGGCGGCCGAGUUCCGGAUUUACAAAUCCCGGGGUGUCGUCCCCAGGCACGGCAACAGCAGCAUCCACGUCAGCAUCUACGAGGUGGCUGCCCAGCAUUCCAACAGGGAAUCCGACCUGUUCCUGCUGGAUGUGCAGGACCUGCGUGCUGGGACAGAGGGCUGGCUGGUGUUUGAUGUCACAGCUGCCAGCAGCCACUGGGCAGUGGAGCAGAAAUACACCCUGGGGCUGCGGCUCUACGUGGAGACGGAUGAUGGGCACAGCGUGGAUCCGGGCUCUGCCGGGCUCCUGGGCCGAAGGGGACCCCGCUCCAAGCAGCCCUUCAUGGUGACAUUUUUCCGGGCCAGCCCCAGCCCCUCCCGUGUCACACGAGCAGCCAAACCCCCGAGGAGGAGACAGCACAAGAAAUCCAACGACCUCCCCCACCCAAACAAGCUCCCAGGAAUUUUUGACGAUGUGCACCCCACGGAUGGACGGCAGGUCUGCCGGCGCCACGAGCUCUACGUCAGCUUCCAGGACCUUGGCUGGCUGGACUGGGUGAUUGCUCCACAGGGAUACUCAGCCUACUACUGCGAGGGGGAGUGCGCAUUCCCGCUGGACUCGUGCAUGAACGCCACCAACCACGCCAUCCUGCAGUCCCUGGUCCACCUGAUGAAGCCUGAGGCCGUGCCCAAGGCGUGCUGUGCCCCCACCAAGCUCAGUGCCACCUCUGUCCUCUACUACGACAGCAACAACAACGUCAUCCUCAAAAAGCACAGGAACAUGGUGGUGAAAUCCUGCGGCUGCCACUGAUGGACAGGUCCCAUUCCCACUCCUGAGUGUCCCAUUCCCACUCCUGAGUGUCCCAUUCCCAUUCUUGAGUGUCCCAUUCC